AUGGUGGAUUUGCAUACUAACCUAUCUGUGUAUUUCGACAGCAUGAUGGCCACAGGUACAUCUUUUAAUCCAGGAAGUCGACCAACAGGGGUAGGAUAUAUUCCCCAAGCGUCACCAUCACUAAAUACUACGUCUAUGUUGUCUAUUAGACAACAAAUAGACGAAAGUAACCAUGAUAUGGUGAAUGCCCUAACACAACAAAUUGGGACUAUUUUUACUCCCAUGAUAAAUAACACAAACCAUAGUUAUGAAAUGUUGGUUGGUCAAAUGGCUAGAAUAGCAGACUUUUUUGGGACACCAUCGAUUCCACCUCGACCCACUCCCUUAGUGUCGAAUGUAAGAGUAGUUGAAACACCAGGAAAUGGAGUUAGAAUAGAAACUCAACGACAAGUCCCAGAGCGAGACGAAGAGGAACAUAUUGAUCAAAAUAUCCCAAGAGUUGUACAACGAAAUCAAGAUGCAGAUCAAGUUUUAAGACAUGUCCAGCAAAAUGCUCAUAUUGGCCACAAUAAUAUUUCAAAUGUAGUGGAACAAAUAUUAGUUCAAAAUGGGAUAAAUGUAGGACUUCAUAGGCCUAAUUUUGUGUCUCCCUUGUCAGAAUAUGUUAGGAAAACUGAGUUACCUAGGGGGUGGAAAGUCCCAAAGUUUACUAAGUUCGCUGGCGAAACUGGUGAGUCGACAGUUGAACAUGUCGCUAGAUUUCAGACUGAAGUGGUGAUCUUGCCAAUAAUGAGAACUUGA